AUGGCUUCUCAGGUGUGCCAGAAUUUCCAUGCUGAAUGUGGGGCUGCUGUGAAUCAAAUGGUGAACCUUGAGCUGCAUGCUAGCUAUGUGUAUCUAUCCAUGUCUUCCUACUUUGACCAUGAUGAUGUUGCCCUGCACCAUGUGGCCAAGUUCCUGAAGGAGCAGUCCCAAGAAGAGUGGGAGCAUGCCGAGAAGUUCCUGAAAUAUCUGAACAAGCGAGGGGGGCAUAUUGUGCUGCAGGACAUCAAGAAGCCGGAGUAUGACAAGUGGGGCAACUGCUUGGAUGUCCUGCAGAGGGCCCUGCAGCUGGAGAAGAAGGUGAACCAGGCCCUGCUGGAUCUCCACAAGCUGGCAACAAGGAAAGAAGACCCUCAUCUGUGUGACUUCCUGGAGUCUGAAUACCUGGAGGAGCAAGUGAAGGCCAUCAAACUCCUGGGAGACCACCUCACCAACCUGCAGCGCCUGGGGGUGCCCAAGAAUGGCACAGGAGAGUACCUGUUUGACAAGCUCAGCUUGGGGAAGAGCAGCUGA